AUACCUACAGCUGGUCGAAGGCACAUCUUUCGACCCGGCGGAGGCGGGUAAACGUCGGUCCAUCUUCGGGUACUACCAACGGGAAGGAGAAGAAGCGCCGGACUUACCUUUUUUGCCCUCCGGGGACCCCCCGGAAGACGCCGAGCUUCCCGUCUUCCGCCGGGAGCAGUUUGUGAACACGACCUGGACGUUGGGGACCGUUUCGGACGGUUGGAAUCCGUUGAAACGCGUGCAACGGACCCGGGUAUUCUUUCGGGAGGACGGUCGCGUCAUUUGGGUCAAUGGGGGAAACAAGGGGGAGUGGACGUUUGACGCGCGCAGCAACGUCUUUCGCUUCGGGCGGGAAUCGUUUUUGAGUUGGAACGGCCGCCGGAGUUACCCUACUCUACUGACGGAGGAGCGCUCUUUGUACUACAUGCAAGGUUUCGUGAUUGGGUGGGCGCCUUUCACCCCUUUAAGCGUCUUCGGUUUGUGGCAAAUGUAUCGGGACGACGUGAGUGAGGAGGAAAGAGGGGUGGCACCCUGGGAGGAGGAGGAAGAGGGACGGGAGGGAGGGGAGGGAGGGGAAGGG